AUGGCUACUGGACAACUAUUCUCGCGCACUACACAAGUUCUGUUUUAUAACUACAAGCAGCUUCUCAUACAGCAAAUGCUUAAUUUUGACUUCCUUUGUGGAAGGGAAACACCAUCAGUUGCUGGAAUAAUUAAUCCGGGUUUUGAGGGAUUUCAAAAACUCUUUUUUUGGAUUGCUACUGCAUCAUCCUUGUCUACUUUGAAGCAGCCUACAAUUAGAGUUGUGGCUAUUAUUGUUGAAGGAGUACCCGAGUCAGACACUAAGGAAUUGAUUGCAUAUUCUCGGGCGAACAAUAAGGUUGUAAUUGGCCCAACCACUGUUGGAGGCAUUCAAUCUAGGGAUUUUAAAAUUGGUGAUACAGCUGGAAUAAUUGACAAUAUAAUCAAUUGCAAGCCUUGUUCAGGAUCUUCCAAUGGAAACAAGAACAAAAAGUUACUGACUCUGAUAUGGGGUCAGACUCAACAAGGUUCAACUAGACAUACAGAAGAUGCAGGAGCGUGA